AAGCCUUCCCCUUCAUUCCAAGAAGGCCACCGACCUCAGUGCCUCUCUCUCUCUCUCUCCAUCUCCAUCUCCAAACGCGUCUCUAUAACUUCCCAUCCCUAAUCCCUCUCUCUCUCUCUCUCUCUCUCUCUCUCUCUCUCAUCCUCUCUGAGCUCCCGACUCCGGAGCUCAAGAGUUAGGUUUGCCCAAAACCCAAUUGCACAAAAUCCAAACCCAUUCUCCUCUCCCCCUCUCUCUAGAAAACACCUGUUUUCUUCAUGAUCAGAACCGCUUCGAAUUAGGUUCUUCCCAAAUUCAACCCGGCCCAAGCCCCAAAUCGAAAGAUGAAGAGAGGCAACAAGCUAGACCUGUUCGUGUCCCUAACCCGACAGAGAUCGAUUCAGAUUCUGAUCGGGGUAGGGUUCCUGUACAUAAUCAUGGUCGCUCUAGAAGUCCCCUUCGUUUUCGACACCGGGUUCGGUGUGGUCAACCGGGAGGGCUUAAACGACGACGUUCCGUACAGCCGGCCGUUCGCGCUGCAGAGCGAGGAGGAAUUGGAGGAGAGGGGAGCACCCGUGAGGCCAUUGAAGGACGCGCUGCGCAGGGAAUCGAAGCCCGAGAGGAGGAUCACGGAGUAUAAGAGUGUUUCGGGCUUGAGAUUUGAUGGUGGCAGUGUUGUGAAUAUUAGUGGUAUGGAUGGGUUUUUGGGGAUUCAGAAGUCGGCGAAAGAGGCGUUUGAGGUGGGGAAGAAGAUUUGGGAGGAGAUGGAAUCAGGUAAAAUUGAAGAAGUUGUUAAAAAGACUACAGAGAAUAAGACUGAGUCGUGCCCCUAUUCAAUUUCGCUAUCGGGGUCUGAAUUCUCAGACCGUGGGCGAAUUUUGGUGCUUCCGUGUGGAUUGACGUUGGGAUCUCAUAUAACGAUCGUGGGGAAGCCGAGAAAUGCUCAUCCCGAGCACGACCCCAAGAUAUCGCUGUUGAAGGAUGGGCAGUAUGUGAUGGUGUCGCAGUUCAUGAUGGAGCUUCAGGGGUUAAAGACAGUGGAUGGAGAGGACCCACCAAGGAUUUUGCACUUCAAUCCGAGGUUGAAGGGGGAUUGGAGUGGAAAGCCUGUUAUUGAGCAGAACACAUGUUAUAGGAUGCAGUGGGGGUCAGCGCUUCGGUGUGAGGGGUGGAAAUCUAGGGCGGAUGAAGAAACAGUUGACGGUCAAGUGAAGUGUGAUAAGUGGAUCCGUGACGAUGAUGACCACUCUGAGGAGUCCAAGGCAACAUGGUGGUUGAACAGGCUAAUUGGCAGAACAAAGAAGGUGACUUUUGAAUGGCCGUUCCCAUUUGCAGAAGGCAAGCUGUUUGUGCUAACUCUUAGUGCGGGCUUGGAGGGCUAUCAUGUCAACGUCGAUGGGAGGCAUGUCACCUCGUUUCCUUAUCGAACUGGUUUUGCCCUUGAGGAUGCCACUGGACUAUCUUUUAACGGUGAUGUUGAUGUUCACUCCAUUUUUGCUGUAUCCUUACCCACAUCACAUCCCAGUUUUGCGCCCCAAAAGCUACUUGACAAGUCCAGCAAGUGGAAGGCCCCACCUCUUCCUGAUGGACCUGUGGAACUAUUUGUUGGCAUUCUUUCAGCCGGAAACCAUUUUGCUGAGCGAAUGGCUGUAAGGAAGUCUUGGAUGCAGCAUAGGCUUAUCAAGUCUUCUAAUGUGGUUGCACGUUUUUUUGUAGCACUGAAUGGUAGAAAAGAAGUGAAUCUGGAGCUAAAGAAAGAAGCGGAGUUCUUUGGCGACAUUGUUAUAGUGCCUUACCUGGAUAAUUAUGAUCUUGUUGUUCUGAAAACCGUUGCUAUCUCUGAAUAUGGGGUUCACACGGUUUCUGCUAAGUACAUUAUGAAGUGUGAUGAUGACACCUUUGUUCGAGUGGAUGCGGUUAUCAAGGAAGUAGAGAAAAUAGCUGAUGAUAAAAGCUUCUACGUGGGAAACAUUAACUACUACCAUAAGCCCCUGCGGUAUGGUAAAUGGGCAGUCACAUACGAGGAAUGGCCAGAAGAAGAUUACCCACCUUAUGCAAAUGGUCCAGGCUACAUUGUGACAUCAGACAUUGCGCGCUUCAUUGUCUCUGAGUUCAAGAAACAUAAAUUGAGGUUAUUCAAGAUGGAAGACGUGAGUAUGGGAAUGUGGGUGGGCCAAUUCAACAGCUCUAGGCCGGUGGAAUACGUUCACAGCUUGAAAUUCUGCCAAUUCGGUUGCAUCGACGAUUACUACACAGCGCAUUACCAGUCUCCGAGGCAGAUGAUGUGCAUGUGGAACAAAUUGCGACAGCUAGGGAGGCCUCUGUGCUGCAACAUGAGAUGACAUUUGGGUUAUUUUUGUGGAGAAUCCGGGAGUAUAUGAGUAGGAACCAAAUUUUGAAAAAUGGAGAAUCUGGGAGUAUAUGAAUAGGGGGGGAGAAGGUUUCUAGUCUAUAGAUGAUCAUGUACUUUGUGUAUAUUCUCUGGAGAGUUUUAGACUGUUGGAUAAACUGGGGUUUUUAGUGCCCGUUUGAAUUCAAUUCAUUUAUUUAUUUUUCUCAAA